CUGACUUUGCCGGAGCCGCAAAAUAGUUGUCAAAAUGGCGAGUGAAGGUAAUGCAAGUGUGAAUCCAAAUUGUGAGGUCGUUCGUGGACAAACGUUCGAAGUUGGUCCACGAUAUACGAAUUUAUCGUACAUGGGCGAGGGUGCCUACGGAAUGGUCGUAUCUGCUUAUGAUAAUGUAACAAAAACAAAGGUAGCUAUUAAAAAAAUUUCACCUUUUGAGCAUCAGACAUACAGUCAAAGAACAUUAAGGGAAAUAAAAAUUUUGACUAGGUUUAAGCAUGAAAAUAUAAUAGAUAUAAGGGAUAUAUUAAGGGCACCUACUAUAGAACAAAUGAAAGAUGUAUAUAUUGUUCAAUGUCUAAUGGAAACUGAUCUCUAUAAAUUACUCAAAACACAGGCUAUUAGUAAUGAUCACAUAUGUUAUUUUCUUUACCAAAUAUUAAGAGGAUUAAAGUACAUUCACUCUGCAAAUGUUUUGCACAGAGACUUGAAACCAAGCAACUUGCUAUUAAAUACCACAUGUGACCUUAAAAUCUGUGAUUUUGGUUUAGCUAGAGUUGCUGAUCCAGAGCAUAAUCAUGCUGGUUUUCUUACUGAAUAUGUAGCAACAAGGUGGUAUAGAGCUCCAGAAAUAAUGCUUAAUUCCAAGGGCUAUACUAAGUCUAUAGAUAUUUGGUCAGUUGGUUGCAUUCUUGCAGAAAUGCUUUCCAGAAGAGCAAUAUUUCCUGGCAAACAUUACUUAGAUCAACUGAACCAUAUACUGGGAGUUCUUGGAUCACCAUCCCCUGAGGAUCUUGAGUGCAUUAUAAACGAAAAAGCACGAAGUUAUCUCCAAUCAUUACCAUAUAAACCAAAGGUUCCAUGGACAAGUCUGUUUCCAAACGCGGAUCUACGAGCUUUGGAUCUGUUAGAUAAAAUGCUAACAUUUAAUCCUAAUAAACGUAUUGUUGUGGAGGAUGCACUUGCGCAUCCGUACUUAGAACAAUAUUACGAUCCUGCUGACGAACCGGUCGCAGAAGAACCAUUUAAAUUUGAUAUGGAACUGGAUGAUCUUCCUAAAGAAGUGUUGAAACAAUAUAUCUUUGAAGAGACUCUAUUAUUCCAAAACAAUCACCAAGAAAACGCUAUGUAGUCUACUGCUGCGGCGAGUCUGCGGGGCAACCAAAAAGGAGGUGAAGGUGGGACGUCAGAGUAAUAGAAGUUUACUUCUUUUACAGUUGUCUAUGAUCGAAGCAAAAAAGAAUAAAAGAAAAAGCAAACAAAACAAAACGAAACUUUUAUGAAGACAUUUUAUUGAGCAGGACUUAAAAGUCGAGCUACAAAUAUACACACCGGCGAGUUUGAGAAAACGAGCGAAGAGAGCGGUGAAUGAGGUAAAGAAAUAAACAAACCGCAGUGUCCGUGCAUAUACUUGUACAUUCGCAUGUCUUUACCGGAGAAAAAAAAGAAACAAAAAUACAGUGUCUUUUUUUUGUUACAAUUGAAUGCAUAAUAUUAAUUUGUACAAUAACUUUUAUUUAUCCCGAAUUAUAUAUAGGUAAUGCUAGUUGACGAUUUAUUGUUAAUCACCGUAUCAUACACAUUGUCUGUGAUUUAAUUGCCGAGCGAGUGACGUGGUCGGUGUAAUGUGCGAGAUAUUCUGAGCCACGUAACACGGCGACCGAUAAAAUGAAUGCGCGUAGAGAGGAAGAGAGGAAGAGAGCGAGUGAGAAAGAGAGAGCACGAAAGACAGAGAGAAAGAAAGCGAGAGUGUGAGGGAGAACUUGAAACUGGAUGCUUGUAUCAACGCGCACGCACAUGCACACAUGAGCGCGCGAGCGCAUGAUACACACACACACACACACACACAUUUGGAACAGCCAUUAAAUUCAUCGAAAUAUU